AUGACUGUCUUGAGCAUGGCAACGACAAUGAACAUUCUUUCUCUCUAUCAGCGAGUUGUAUCACUCCCGUUAACUUAGUAAUUAUGACCAUAUUCCCGAGGAACAAACACUUGAAGGUGUGUAUGUAUUCGUCGAGCCUGUUGGGAAUCUGGCCGUUCAUAUUCGAAGAAAACCCCACGCUACGUCAGUUAUACCAACUGUAUUCGAACUUUAUGUUGGUAUACUACACGUUUUUCAUUGGAACGGCUUAUAUGAAACUGGCAGAACUAUUGAGGGCCGACGAAAUACGAAUGGACGACAUCAGCGCCAACCUCUGCAUAACGUUAAUUUACACCAUCACGAUAAUAAGGCAGAUUAUGUUGAGAGGAAAAGGUGUACUGAAGAUGAUCCGCUACAUAAUCGACACUGAAAAUAAAAUUUACGCCGCCAAGGACGAAAAAGUAAUCGAGGCCUACGACCGAUGCGCCGAUCUCACCAUCAAGCUCAGCAAAAUUUACUUGGCAAUUUUGUUUGUCAUCACGAUGUCUUACUUUAUCCAUCCGUUGUUGGAAGGUGGAUAUUUCUUGCAGAAAGGCAACGAGACUAUGCUAAUCAGAGCGCUGCCUUUGUCCUCUUGGUUUCCAUUCGACGAACAAAAGUAUUAUUGGUGGGCCUACGCAUGGCACGUGGUAGACGCGUGCAUAGGAGCCUCGUUUGUGACGUAUACGGACAUUUUGAUGUUCAGCAUGAUCGUCUACCCGACUGGCCAGUUGAAAAUUUUGGAUUACAUUUUGAGAAACUUCCAGUUUUACGAGGCGAACGUGGCAGACGGGAGAGGCGACGACCGGGCAUCGUAUUUGGCAUUUCGGGAAUGCAUUUCAAAGCACAGGGACAUUAUCGCCUACGUGGACGAUUUCAACGGCAGCAUGCAAAACCUGAUGAUAUUUGAUUUUUUGCAAUCUUCGCUGCAAAUCGCUUCGAUUUUGACUCAAGUAUUCGGGAACGAAAUUACGCUGGUACUGCUGUCCUUCGUAGGAACCUUCUUCGUCGGCAUGAUUUUGCGGUUGAUCCUGUAUUAUUAUUUCGCCAAUGAAGUUUUAAUAUUGAGCGUCGGACUGGCGGGCGCAAUAUGGGACAGCGGUUGGUGCGUCCAGACUCCCAGGGUGAAGUACAUGAUGGUCGUCUUCAUGCAGCGAGCUCAAAAGUCGCUGAAACUUUUCAUCGGACCUUUCGGAGUCAUGUCGCUGCAAGCUUUUCUGUCCGUGAGUUUCGCCGAACCGUCGAUUCGAGUGAUACGCUUUAAUUUCCGUUUAAGAUCCUGAGGGCGACCUACUCUUAUAUCAUGCUGAUGUACGGUAUAAACUAAACGGCUCACUGAUAACCGCAGUGAACUAAACGACGACUAAAAGCCGCAAUAAAAUAAAUGGUAUUUGGUGUAAUUUUUUAUUUGGGUUUGUUUCUAUAUUCCCAAAAUCAACUCCCGAUUUCGAUUUUGCUACCAAAAAUUUGACAUUACAUUUUUUGAAAUGUUUUCUGCAUUUUUCGAAUAAGUUGGCAACGUCGCAUUGAAGUCAAAAAUUGAUUACGAUAUGUUAGACGCAUUUCUUGAAGGAAUCGUAAUAGGCGCAGAUAUACGAGGCUGGUCAAGUCCAUUUUCUUACAAUGGGAUGUCAUUAAAAA